AAGCCAGUAGUAUUAAAUCGAAAUUGAGUAAAAAUUAUAACUCAAAAUGGAUAUUAUAAACGAAUCUGUGGCCCUCGGCGUGGAUUUAAUAAUUUUGGGCCUCUGCGUACGCGAAUAUAUGUACAACCGGAGGGUGGCAGGACUCUUGAAGACUGCGCCGCACUACAGCAUCGAUGGAGAUCUCAAAGCCAUUGUGGAACGCCAACAGGCCGAGGGUCUGCCGGUCUAUGCGGAGAUCCGGGGCACUGUCACGCCCAGGGGCGUGCCCCUGCGCAGCGCUUUGGUUCCGGGUGUCAGCGGUGUGCUGCAGAUUUUGAAGCUCCAGGAGCACCGGGAGGCCCGGGGCUUUGCCGGCUUCUGGAUGGAGCAUCGCAGGCUCCUGUACAGAUCCGCCAACGAGAUGCCCUUCGAGCUGCGCAGCCAACAGCACGGCGUGGAGAUUGUGGACGCCCUGGGCGCAGCUGUGCUCGACGUGGACGUUGUCUACGACCACUACAAGCUCUCUAAACUCUCCGUCCCUGCCCAGAUCCUCGGACUCUUCAGUGGCAUACGACAAAAGGGUCUCCAGACCACGGAGGAGGUCCUGCGCGAGGGCAGCUCCCUGACGGCCAUCGGAAGGCUGGAGCUGAUUGGAGACUCGUUGCGCAUGCAGCCGUCGCCGGAGGCGGGCCUCUUUCUGACCACCGCCACAAAAUCCGGCCUCAUCAAGCGGUUCGAGGCUGCCAAGUGGACCAUGAUCCUGAAGAUUGCUCUUUGCGGCGCCGUCUCAGCCCUCCUGAUCGGCCUCAUGGCCAAGAAGUUGUAUCGCAAGAAGAGGCAGCAGAAGGAGGAGGCGGGAAUACACAGCCGCCUGGAGAGAGAGCGUCGCGAACGCCGUGCCCGCGGUCGUCCCCCCGCACUGUCCGAUGAUGAGCUGUGCGUUGUCUGCGCCACAAAUCCCAAGGAGAUCAUUCUACUGCCCUGCGGCCAUGUGUGUCUCUGCGAGGACUGCUCGCCCCACAUUGCCACCCAAUGCCCCGUGUGUCGGGGCAAAAUCGUGUCCAAAGCGGCUGCUUUCAUCGCUUGAAUCGGAAAUCUCGUGUGUCUAUGCAAUGUAAAGCCCUUAUAUUAUAAAUUAUUAUAGUGUUGACUAGUUU